CACGGGUUUUCUGUUGUUUUUUUUUCUUUCAUAUUUUGUUUUGAUUUGACCACUUCUUGUGCCUAUUUUGUUCUACUUCCUCUCCAUACAUUUUGCCUAUUUACUCUUAAAUAAUGACCAAAAAAUAGGUAUUAUACUAAUUAUGAAACUCCAAAAUUCUCUUCUUCUUCAAUCCUCUUCUCCUUCAACCCUUUCUUUUCUCUAUUCAUCUCCAAAAUCAAACAAAUGGGGUCAUAAAAAUCCAAACUUUAUUUGUAAACUUGUUCUUUUUAGCCCAAAGAAACUUAGGUCACAAUAUUUUGAGAAAAAUGACUCUAAAGGUCAUAGUAGCAUACAACCAUGUUGUUGUAGUUCAAGAUUUGGUGAAGAACAAUUUGAUGGUGAAGGGAUUGAAAGAGGGGAAAAUGAAGGGUCUUGUGCAAUUUUUGGGAGUAAAGAUUCAAUUUUUCCAUCAAAAUUUGAGUCUCUUGAGCCAAGUUUGCUUGGUAUUGAGCCAGAACCACCAUAUUGGCCAGAAAGGGAGGUAAUUUCAUGGGCACAUAUUGAACAAAAAGCUAAAAGUUUUGGACUUCCAUUGUCACUUAGAAUGAUGCAAAAGAAAUAUCAAUGGGAGUCUGGUAGAUUUAAAGACUUAAAGGCAACAAAUUCUUGCACAUCAAAGGCUUUUAACUCUAUGGUGUUUAUUAUUGUGGAGUUGCAAACUUAUGCAUUGCAUAUGAGGGAAUCAAUGUGUAAUGAAGAUUUAGAAAUGAUUAUUGAUAAAGUGCAAGGGGAUAUGUAUGCAUCAUUUGUAUGUCUUUUUCGACAAGUAUUUUCGCAAACACCAAUGUUAAUGAUGUAUGUAAUGAUACUCUUGGCUAAUUUUAGUGUUCACUCUGCUUCGGGAGAGAAUUGUGAUCAAACAUAUCUAAAAGUUCAUUAUCCUGAUAUUGUUCCUCAAGAUGAGUCAAAAGUAGUGUGGAGUGAUGAAGAGAAAGAAUUGUGGGAUUCAAUACAAGAUGAAACUUUGAAUAUGAGGGGUCUAAAGGGUAUUGGCUUUGAUCAUGAAGUCAUGUCGAAGUUUGUUUCACCAUUGUCAGUGGAGAUUGAACCAGAUAAUAGUGUUGACUAUUAUAAGGCUGAUCUUGUUUAUCAGAUGAAUCUGACUCAUGAGCCUAAUAACACUCUUUUGCUAUGCAAUUAUGCACACUUUCUGAAAGUUUUCGUUCGAGAUAAUAAUAGGGCGGAGGAGUGCUUCAAACGGGCAGUCCAAGUGGAACCACCGGAUGCAGAGGCCCUAUGUCAGUAUGCGAUCUUCUUGUGGAAGGUUAAGAACGACUUAUGGGGAGCUGAAGAAAGAUACCAACAGGCAGUGGCAGCUGAGCCUAGGAACUCUUAUUAUAGAUGUACAUAUGCCAAUUUCUUGUGGAGCACAGGCGGCGAGGAAACUUGUUUCCUACCAAGUAGUACUUCUCCUAUCAAUAACAAAAAGGGUGAAGAAGUUUAGUCAUAGAGGAAAAAAGACUGUUCAAGAAAUGCAUCAACUAAGGAGAAAAUGGUGAGAUUCCCAUAACUACAGAGUGGAGAAGAAGUUCCUCUAGACGUCGACUUAGAUAAACUUUUGUCUUGUAAAUCACACAUUUGAAUAAAUGCUAACGUGAAUGAUCGGUCUAUUGUGUUUUUUCUGUAGGGAAAUGGCUAUAUUAUUUGUUCUUGAUUUUCUAUGUCUAGAUUGAGUAUAGAGUGAUUUGCAUGGGAGCUGUUCACCAACAACAACAUCUACGGUUCAAUACCAAACAAGUUGAGGUCAGCUAUAUGAAUCUGUACUGUCAAAGGAAAGAUCAUAGUUCGGGAUCAAUUUUGUGGUCUAUAAUAAGUGAAUUGAGUUCUCAA